AUGUCUGGAAUAUAUGGGAUUCAUGCACUGCACAAGUCUGUGCUGUCCUUUUUCCUUGGGAUUUUUCUUCUUCUCCUCCUCGUGAUAGAGAUAGUCACCUUUCCUGUGGCCGUUAUGAACAGAAGGCUGACAAUCCGAAUAAUGAACUGGUACAACAAGACGUUCACGCGUGCCUGCAUAUACAUACUGAAAAUAGGGAACAAAACCGCAGUGGAGAUGGUUGAUCUGCAGAACAACCCCGUGUCCAUGGAUUUCAACAACUCUUCGUCUGUUUUGAUCAUUAGCAACCACAUAUGCGCCCUGGACACAAUACUCCUGGGAAUGGUCUCUAACUCCCUGGGGAAGAAUGCGCGGUUUAUAGCAAAGGAUGGGCUGAAGUGGCUUCCCAUACUCGGAUGGGGCAUGUACCUGUCAGACUAUUUAUUUAUCAAGAGAAUAUGGAGGAUAGACUCAGAAAGAAUCAAAAAAUGGUGCUUCAGCCAAAAAACAGCGAUCUCUCUGAUCAUAUACCCUGAAGGCACGCGAUACACUGAGGCCAAAAGAGACAGAUCAGCGCGGUAUUCACGGGAUAAUAAUUUGCCUGUUUUCACAAAUGUUUUGUACCCGAGAAUAAAAGGGUACAAUCUGUGCAUGUCUUCUCUGCAAAACCCGCCAUUUACCUCGCUUCUCAACGUGACUAUAGUUUACUUGGUGAACGGGAAACUGCACACGCCCCCAUCGAUAAUAUCCUGUCUUACAAAGAGGCUUCCUGGGGUGUUCAGGAUCGUAAUAGAAAAAGAAGAUAUCGUUAAAGAAGCAAAGAAUGAGAAAUACCUGAUACAGAAGUUCCAGGAGAAAGACAAAAUAAUCGAGAGAUACAAAACAAAAUAG